UCGCCACACAACAAGAAUCUCUCCGUUCGUUCCACAAAGCAGCAGCAAGGAAUCGUUGGUGCCGGACUGCCCGAUCGAAUCAUCCGUCAGAGGAUCCAUGGCCAUGGAGAGGUUCUUCACGGCGCUCGUCUUCUGCGAGGCGCCGCUGGACGGCUACGGCACAUCGGUGCUCACCGCCGGCGCGAUGGACAGGCCGGUCUCUGCCGGCGGCAGCGCGACGAAGCCGGCGGUGGCUAACAAGACGGACUCUCAGAAGGAGCAGGGACUCUUCAACGGCAAGCCGACGGCGCAGCGGCGCCCUGCGUUCGAGCUCGCGUUCGACGGUGUCAACUGCUUCGACACCGUCGUCAUGCACUGAGCAUGUCGCUUUCUCGAUUCUUAUAUGUAUAGAACUUGGGUCAGCUAGACUGUUUUGACACGAACAAUGCAACCGAGAGGUUGGGAAUUCUUCCUCCGGCGGUGCUUUCCAGUGCACAUCAAGUAUUUGCCUGAAAAGUACGCGAAUAAGAGAAUGACAGUGAGGAGACAACAAUACUACGAGUCUCUGCAUGUGUGCAGAAUUGUGGACUUGUGGUAUGAGUUCAAGUUUACAUGCCAGACUUGCCACUUGGCAAAAGAGUAAUCCGACCUUGCUUUUGGCAAUAUUGGACAGAAAACAGAAUGGAUAGGAACUAAUUCAUUAAAUAUAUGCCGGAGCCAAUUCGAGUUUUUGAUUCCAGUCAAUUAAUAGUUGUCACUAGAUGAGGAAAACACUGACAGACACCUUAUGAUGAUUGAUUAGGAGAAGCAGAGGUGAGCAAACGACAUAAUAAAAGCUUACUAUCUC